AUGGCGACAGGUCUAUUCGCCUCGUUGCCAAAACCGAAAUAUACCGGCGAACACGAAGAGGUGCCUCUCCACGCCCAACCAAGAGGUCCUCGAGUCGUCGGACCCGGCGUGAUCGAUGAAUCCCAGAUUGUUUUAAAGGUCGGUCAUGACCUUCCACAGGCGCCCGCACCCUCUGUCCCCGUUGACAUACUGACAUCUGUCUUCCUCUGGCAGCGUCCCGGUCCACCUCCUUACGGCCAACGAUCAGGAUGGCGACCCCGCGCCGCAGAAGACUUCGGCGACGGCGGUGCAUUCCCCGAAAUCCCUGUGGCGCAGUAUCCGCUUGAUAUGGGUCGAAAGGGGACAGCGUCGUCCUCGAAUGCACUUGCUAUCCAAGUCGACGCCGAAGGGAAAGUGAAAUACGACGCCAUUGCGAGACAGGGUCAUAGCGAGAAUCGCAUCAUCCAUUCCAGUUUCAAGGACUUGAUCCCGCUGAGGCAGAGAGCUGAUGCAGGUGAUUUGAGUCUGGACAGGCCGACCGCAGAGGAGGCGCAAGCCACGGCCGAGAAGACCAAACUUGCGCUGGAGAAGUUGGUUUCCGGUGCGGUUGCUGCACAGAAGCCCAAGAAUGUGAAGGGCGUGAAUCGAGAAGAGCCGACUUACGUCCGAUACACGCCUGCGGACCAGAUGGGGGAUAACUCGAAGAAGAACGAUCGAAUAUUCAAGAUUGUCAAGAGGCAGGAGGAUCCUAUGGAGCCGCCAAAAUUUAAGCACAAAAAGAUACCCCGUGGACCACCAUCUCCUCCGCCCCCGGUCAUGCACUCACCGCCGCGGAAACUGACCGCAGAAGAUCAAGAGGCGUGGAGGAUUCCACCCCCAAUAUCAAAUUGGAAGAAUCCAAAGGGAUAUACAGUUCCUCUGGAUAAGCGAUUGGCAGCAGAUGGACGAGGGUUACAAGACGUGACAAUCAACGACAAAUUCGCUCAGUUUGCGGAAGCUCUCUUUACGGCCGAUCGGCAUGCAAGAGAAGAAGUGAGGCUCCGAGCUCAGAUGCAGCAGAAGUUGGCGGAGAAGGAGAAACUGGCGAAAGAAGAGCAUUUGCGAGAGAUGGCGAAGAAGGCGAGAGAAGAGAGGCAGCGUGCCGCAGAAUCACGCACAAGGCGGUCACGGUCGCGAUCUUACUCGGGCUCGCCAUAUGCUUCGCGAAGUGAGAGCGAAGACGAAGCCGCCCGAGAGCGAGAACAGGCCAGACGGGAGCGCAGACAAGAAAAUGAACGGCAACUUCGCCAGUCAAGGAUGGGUGCCGAAAAGAGAAUCCAGAUGAUGGCGAGGGAACAGAAUCGUGAUAUCUCGGAGAAAGUGGCCUUGGGAUUGGCGAAACCGACGCAGAAUAAAGAGACCAUGUACGACUCGCGGUUAUUCAAUCAAACCUCCGGGUUUGACUCGGGAUUCAAUGAAGAUCAGCAUUACGAUAAACCCCUCUUCGCGGCGCACGACGCAAUUAAUAGUAUUUAUCGCCCGUCAGCUGGUAACAUGGAUGACGAAGAAUAUGGGGAAGAAGCAGCGGAGAGCGCAAUGGGCAAGAUUCAAAAAUCCAACAGAUUUGAGGUCUUGGGCAGGGCCAAGGAAGGAUUCAAGGGUGCUGAUGUGGCGGAGCGAGAGGCUGGGCCUGUUCAAUUCGAGAAAGACAAAGACGACCCUUUCGGAAUCGACUCUCUAAUUGGAGAGGCGUCAGCCCGAGCGGGUGGAGAAGGCAAGAAGAGAUAUGGGCUUGAGCAGGCUGAAGAUAGGGAUCGGGAGGAGAGAGAACGGCAGAGGAAAAGGGCAAGAGUUGAUGAUGACUAG